AUGGGGCAGAGCAUUCGGGCAAAAGUUAUCAAGGUUGAUGAAAAAGACAACGUGCUGGUGAUGUCCGAGAGGGCUGUUCUAUUCGACGAGGCCAUGGGUUUUCUGAAUGUUGGCGAUGAGGUCAAGGGUGUCGUCACAGGCGUGGUGGACUACGGAGCCUUUGUGGACAUACGACUGCAGGAUGGGCUUCUGCAUGGGGUGGCAGGCCUUGUCCACAAAUCUGAGCUGUCCUGGGACAAGGUGGCCACUCCCGAUGCACUGCUGAAGGAAGGGACAGAAGUGACUGCCAUUGUGACAGGAAUUGACAAGGACUUGGGACGCAUCAGCCUGUCUUUGCGGCAAGCCCAACAGGACCCGCUGCGAGAAACACUGGACACCCUGCUGCCCAUUAGCGAAGCGCCGCCCUCUGGAUCAUCGUAUGCUCCUGGGGGAACGUCUCUCAGAGGGCUGGAUACAAUCGUGGAUGCCUUGCAGGCAGUGGAGGGUAUAGAAGCAGUUCAGUUGGGGAGACAAGCGAACGAAACACAUGUGGUCUCGCAGGAUCUGGAGAUAUGGCUGGCCAAGGAAGAUGUUCCUGCUGGUUUCAACGUCGUUGCCCGUGCUGGCAGGCAGCUGCAGGAGGUUUACAUCACAACAGAGUUGUCGAGGGACCAAAUGAAGGAGGUGCUUGAGAGUGUUCUGGCACGAACAGUAUGA